CCUCCUCUUUCCCACAGAUCUGGCCCAGAGCUUCCCGGUCACCCAGAAAACUGCUGUCCGAGAGUGAGUUGGGGGUGACCCACGGCCCGGCCGCGCCUGCCUGGUCCCCUGCUGCAGCUAGGCUGCGGUGCUCUCCGGCGAUGUGCGGCCAGCUCCCUCGCCGGCCAGCAGUCUGGGGGAGGUGAGGGGCGAGAGGAGAGGCGCGAGGCUGCCGGGCUAGCGGAGCGCUGGGGACCGCCCGUCAGGCGGGCGAGCGGAGCAGCACCGCGGCGGCCCGGGGCUGGGAGGGAGCCCAGAGGAGCAGGCUUGCCCAGGCGCGGGGACUGCGCCGCCCGGAGCCAGUGGACCUGAGCAACUGGGGCCGGCCUCUGGGAGCUGGGGGCGGGCCGGGGAGGAGCUCCGUGGCUGCGGGAGCCCGACACUCUGCCCGGGACUUUCAACCCUCCCGGUCGUGUCCGAUCCCCCUCUCCCCGGCCGUUGUGGCCGCUAAGGGGACGGAACCUGGCUUUUCUCUCGGGGAUCGGGACUUGGCUGUGGUCAGCUUGCUUGGAUCCCCGGGGUCUCUGCCCCCUCCUCCAGGGAGGCCCCCUGGGGUCGCUCUGCGUGGACUAAGGAGCUGGAAACUGAUCGCCUGGGAGCUGAGCUUUCAAGCAAGGGCGGACCAGAGCUGGAGUUUCCCCGGAAUUCCCUGCCCUGCCCAGAGGUGUUCUGGCUUUCCAGGUCUGCACCCAGGAAGCGGGGUGCCUGAGAGGGACUUCAGCCUCCGCGCGUCGGGGAGCCUCACCAAAUCUCCGCUUCGUUCCCGUUCCUGACUCAGGAUGGCAGCCAUCAAGGCCCUGCAGCAGUGGUGCCGACAGCAGUGUGAGGGCUACCCGGAGGUCAACAUCACCAACAUGACCACCUCCUUCAGGGACGGCUUGGCCUUCUGCGCCAUCCUGCACCGGCACAGACCGGACCUCAUAGACUUCAGCACCCUCAGAAAAGAAAACAUUUAUGAAAACAACAAGCUGGCAUUCCAGGUGGCUGAGGAGCAGCUAGGGAUACCAGCCCUGUUGGAUGCAGAAGAUAUGGUGGCUCUCAAGGUGCCAGAUCGAUUGAGCAUUCUGACUUAUGUCUCCCAGUAUUACAAUUAUUUCCACGGCCGGUCGCCCAUUGGGGGCAUGGCUGGAGUGAAGAGGCCUUCUUCAGACUUGAGUGAGGGACCUGUAGGGAAGAAAGUCAUUUCGCAGCCUGUCAAGCCUGCUUCCCCAGCCCCUGCGCAGCCACUGUCUCCAGUCCGGACAAACCCCAUUGUCCAAGGGAAGAGCACAGGGACGGAAUUCCCACCAGCAAAACCAGGCCGGGUCUCCCUGGGCAUCGAAAGCCCCCAGGGCUCCAGGAGCAGUAUCUGUGCUAUCUGCAAGAAACAUGUGCACCUGGUGCAGAGGCACCUGGUUGAUGGGAAGCUCUACCAUAGGAAUUGUUUCAGAUGCAAACAGUGUUCCAACACACUCCACUCAGGUGCCUACAAGUCCACGGGAGAACCUGGUGUCUUUGUCUGCACAGACCACCACACCAGACCUUCCACCCCGAACUCUAAGUCCCCUAGCACAGAUCGAAAGCAGCCAGCAGCUGGGUAUCCGAGCCGGACCAACCCCGUUCCAAUGGAUACCACAUCCCCUGGUGUAUCCUGGAGGGCCCAAGAACUAGAUAAACCAAAGGAGACUGGGCAGAAAACCAACCAGCCAGGCAGACAGCCUGUUAGCAAUUCCACUCCCAAGGGCUUUGUCCAGUCGUCUGGAUGGAGCCCAUCCUCUGUGGGCAAUAGUGCCACAAAUUCCCUCAGCCCCAUCAACCCGGCCCUCCAGAAGUCAACGUCCAGUACAAAUACCCCGUCAAACUCCUUCCUCAACCGGUUUACCCAGAACUCUUCUCCAGACAGAGGCAAGCCCAGUGGUGUUACCAAUAACUCCCCCGUGGGGUGGUCAUCUGCUCAAAGAAAAUCAGAUCCACCUACGACCCCUGCCCUGAGCAAAUUAGAUUCUCACACGACUUCUCCUCAGGGUAAAUUAAGUUUUAGUGUGACUCCUCAAAGCCCACGCACAUCUCCUCUGAGCAAAUCAGACCCUCCAGCAGCAACCCAGAACAUCACUUCUCGGAUCAAAUCAGACUUUCGUGCAGCUCCUCAAAACCAGUUAAACUCCUAUACAGCUGCUUCUCAGCACAAAGCAGACUCAAGCUCCAAUAGCUGGACUUCGUUGGCGUCCAAGACACAGCAAGCUCGGGAAAAGUUCUUCCAGUCUUCUGGGGCCUCAGCUGACAAACCGCCCGCUUCCAAGGUGUAUGGUCUGACUUUUACUUCCUCCCAGGCAGCUGGGAAAACAUCCUCGGGGGUCACAACUGCUCCUGGUCAGUCUACACAGGAUAGCACAAAGGACAAGGCUCGAGACUUCCUUGUGAAGAACCUCAUGAAAGGACCAGGUUUUGCCUCAAAUGGUCAGUUGAGCACUACUGCCCAGGGCCCCAGCAGGUCAUCUCCUACCCCUUCCCGUGUUCUGACACCAGAUCCCAAAGCUGAAGGGCCGAGAGGGGCCCCCAGGACAAAGCUGGAGCCUGCAUCUUCCCAGCCUGGCGUAGUGACAGCACUCUCAUCCCAGAGCAAGGUUUCUGCACCAGCAUCACCCCAGAGAGCAAGGAAGAGCCCUGCCUUCUCUCGUCCAGGCGGUGAGCUCACAAACACCAGACAGAAGGCUGACACCUCAGUGGUAGCCGAUAAGGGUCCCAGCUCUGUUGAAAACCAGGACGGUCCUGCAGGUUGGCGAUCUAAACUAAAGCCCGUGGAGAAAAUAUCUUCAGUGGACAAGGUUCCAGAACUAAAGCAGAAAGUAGCUUUAAUAGAGACCAAGGGGCUGGCCAUUCCCAAGAAGCCUUUGGAAAAUUCCUUAGGAGGUAUACGGAUUACCCUGAGCCCGGUCCUGAAGGACAAAACCCCUGCUUCAGCCAGCAGCUUUUCCAGUAAUAGCCAGGGCCCACUCCCUGGCCCCACAACUCCAAAUGCUUUACCAACAGGUCGGAAGAAACUCUUGAUACCCCCCAACCUGGAUGUUUCUGACAACUGGAUGAAGCCUGAGCAGAAGUGGGAAGAGUCCAUCCCUCCAGAGAAGCCCAGUCGGCUCAACAAGCCAGAAAGACCCUGCAAUCCACCAAGCUUCUCCAUCUCACCGAAGAAGGAGGUGAAAUCUCCAGUCAAGCUCCACCCUGACUAUAUGUCAGAGGAAGAGAUUCAGAAGAAGAUUCAGGACAUUGAGAAAGAGCUGGACUUAUUAGAACUGAAAGGCAUAGACCUGGAGAGAAAGCUUCGGGAAGCCGAGGGAGAUGACUCUGAAGAUGCCCUCAUGGUAGAAUGGUUCAAACUCAUUCACGAGAAACAGCUGCUAUUGAGGCAGGAGUCGGAGCUGAUGUACAAGGCCAAGGAGCAGCGUCUAGAGGAGAUGCAGCUUGAUAUCGCUGAUGAACUUCGCCGCUUGUUGGAAAAGUCAGAGGAACUGAAGACACCAAAGGAGAAGAAAAGGGAGCAGGAGCUUCUGGAACAGUAUGUGAAUACGGUGAAUGAUCGCAGUGACAUCGUGGACUGUCUGGAUGAGGAUCGGAUCAGGGAGCAAGAGGAGGACCAGGUGAUUCAGGACAUGAUCCAGAAACUAGACCUCCAGAAGGAUGGAGCAGAGAAGAAGAAGACCAAGUCCCGUUUAUCCAAGAUUUGGAAGCCAAAGAAUAAGGGCAAAACAUCAGCGUAAGGCCUCCCACUCUCCAAGGACCUGGCCAAAGCAGAUGGGGUGAUUCUUUGUCUCCAUCCCCCAACUCCAUCCAUCCUGGCAGCUUCACCCACUAUCUGGGAUGUGAAAAGACAAGAGGGGGUGUGGAAUCCAGGACUUGUCAGAGGGUGACAAGCUCAUCACUUCCCACAAUGGGAAAGAAGGGAUUAAGUGACAGAGACUGACUCCUUAGGAGGGGGAGUCCUCUGGCCAGUUUACUCUGGGGAGGCAGAGACCUCCUGGCCUUCAAAUAGAAGCAGAGACUCCAGGGCCAGAGGAGGCCAAACCCUUUUGCCUUUAAGUGAGUUCUCCUAUGGCAUCAUCAUAAUAAAAAUCAACUGAACCAAA